CAACCCAACCUCUUCAAGCGAAAAUACCGAAAAAAUUCAACAAAAAGUAACCGAAAGUCGAAAUAAAUAUAAAAAUGUUUCAGAUGAAUUGAGUAAUAUAAUAGGGCAGAUUGAGACAAAAAAACAGAAAGAGAUUUUAACGGAAAGUAGUAUGGAAAUAACUGAAACAGAGAAAGACCGUGCAAUAAAAAACCUAAUUGAAACGCGUGAUACACUUCUUCAAGAAUCGGAAACGCAAAAGAACCACCUAACAGAAUUACUUAAUCGAACCUAUGAGUUACAAUUUCUUAUACAAACACUAUUGGCAAGUAGUGAACAACAGGAAGUUGUGCCCGAUGCCUAG